AUGCUUGAUUCACUGGAGUGGCGCAGAUUAAGCAAGUUUGCAAGUGAUUUCGUCCCUGGCAUGCAUGGAACACACCAGAAUUUCCUAGUGCAGCCCUUUGGUGCUGUAGCAUCUGAUUCUGAGUGCAAAAUUGUCCGAGCAGAGCUGGUAGAGGUGUCGAAUGGCAUCAAGCAUACAGGGCGCAAGGUGGUUGUGCGACUACGACAUGAGGACUGGUUCAUGUUGGAGGCCCCUGGUCCCCUUCGUGUCAUUCAGGCCGGAUGUCAUCAGCUUCACCAGGAGUUUGUCUUGGAUUGUACACAUCCCAGGACUUUGGUUGCCAGCUAUCAACCAUUGGUGCAAGAAUCCACUGUUCAGGUUGCCGAGGUCUUUAGUGGUGGUUUUGGUGGUUGGGCUCAGGGUGCAUACGUGUUGCACAGAGCAGGCCUUCCUAUUUCCACGCGUUGGACUCUUGACCUCCAGGAGACGAGUAUCCCCAUGCAGCAAGCUCAGGUCCCGCAUCUAGCAUGUGUAGAGACACUUGAGGAUUUGAGGGAGCUCACACCCCAUGCAGAUGAGCAGCUUCACAUAAGUGCCAAUGUUGAGCAUGAUUGGUGGUUGCAUUGUCUUGUUCACAGACCGAUCAAUGUGCUGGUGGCGUCACCUCCCCUGCAGCCUUGGAACAAUCAUGAAAAGGCCCCGGGACUCAAUUCCUCAGAUGGACGACUCAUGCUACGCAUAGUGGAUGUUGCCGGUGCCUUCGGCAUUCCUGUGGUUGGGAUUGAGACUUGUGCGGGAAUUUUCCAGCAUGCACAUUACCCGCAAAUCUUGGAGGCAUGGUCUGCCGCAGGUUACCGUCUGCAUCUUCAGCUGCAGCUUAAUCUGCUGGACGUGUUGCCUUGUUCCAGGCCCCGGGCCAUGUUGGUUUUCGUUAAGCAAGACCUGAGUUUCCCAGAUCCCGAACUCGGUGAUGCGUGGAAUGCUGCAAAACGGUCAACCUUGAGCAGUGCCUUGGCCAUCUUUGAUCAUCCGCCGGAGAUACAAGGUUCCCUAAGCCUGGCCCCAGAAGUGCUCAACAUGUAUAUGGACCCGUGGUAUCUACCUCCAGCACGAGACCAAGCUGAGCAAAUGAACCAGCUCGGUGUGUCCACUGCAGCGGUAUGUAAGGUGCUUGAGGACCAAGUGUGCCAAGUUCUUGAAACUGGCUUCAGCUUCAGUGACCCACUGCAGUACCACACCACGCCUGAGGAGUUUGUGCCGAUCGCUUUUCAAAGCCAGAGCCGUGUGGUUGUCCUUCAGGUUCCUCGAGGGAUAGCCUCGGAGGCCGUGUCUUUGCAGGUUGGCUUGAAGGUAGAUGCACCCCUAGGCUGUCCACAGGCACCGUUUUUCUGGGAGCCAAUCACAUUGUCUACUGCUGAGUUGCCACAUCUGCAUUGCGGAGGUCUAGCCUCCCAUUGUGCCUCGUCUCAGCUUUGCACAGUUCUGACUGCGGGACAAAACUUUCUGGCCGAGCCAGCCUCACCCCGGUUGUGGCCCCAAUUGCUGUGUGUCUUCGACAGUCUCUCCUCUGACCAGGAGGACCUUCUGUGCUAUAGCCUCUGUGGCCAACGCCUGUGGUAUGCAGAGGAUUUCGUUGGCUGCAUCGUCGCAGCAACCUUAGCCCAGGAAGCGCCGGAGCUCAAGUUGAGCCUUAUCUCUGAGGACUUUGUGGCCACCAAGGUGCAUAUGGAAGGCUCCUCUUGUGUCAUUACGUGCCCCGCCAGCAAUGCCAUGAACUUUUGGCUCGGCUUCCCUUUCCACUUGUCUGAGGCCAUCGGCUGGUCGGCGGAGACAGUCAAUUUCCCUUGUCAGCAUGAACAGCCCAUGCAGCUGAGACUGCACCCGGCCAUGCAUCGGGUUCAUACAGCACCGCAUCUUCUGCCGAGCCAGCUGCGUAUCUGGUAUAUCGUGUCCCGCCUUGAGGCUUGUCGUUGCGAAGCCACUUCCGAGCAUGGACACCUUGUUGAAGUCCAGAUUGUUGCGUUCCGCAUUUGGGAAGGCCAGUUGCCUGCCUCUUUUGAGGUUGAUCGGCUCACUGACUGGUGGUCUGAGGCCUCUGUUGCUUGUGCCAUCCCAGAAGGAGUGCGACUCUUCUCUGGCCCCCACCAGUUACCUGAACACACAGAGGGAGUUGACCUCAACAGAACCACCUCCUUUGUCGAUGCAGUUUCCGCCAGCACCAGCUCUCAAAAGCUGUUCAAUGCCCUGCAAACGGGUAAGGAUGAGCAGAAAUGGCAGGUUGUUGUCGACUUCGCCAAGGAAGCGGGAAUCCCGGUCCCGGCUGGCAUCAAUCUUGUUGCGCGGGCUGAGCAGCGAGUGCGCAAGACUACGCAGCGCAAGAAGCAGGAAAGCCGCAUGCAGGUAAGAGCCGGAGAUGUUUGCAUCGCAGAAAACUUUUUCCAGAAUGAAGACGGUACGACCACUGCCAUGUUGACUGGUCUCCGGCCAGGUGCCACUGGAGUGCUGCUAGCUGAUGCUGAUGCUGCGGCGGAACUCACGCAAACCAUGAAAGGGGUGCAGCCAGAUGAGCUUGGACUGUUGGUGCUGGGGCACGCAUGCCCGUGCUGUGCUAUCGAGGAAGGCAGUCGUCUUUCUUUCCCGGCGGUGGGGCGCCACUGCGGAUCCAAACUGCUCCUCACGGGCUGCCUUCAUAAUCUUGGUGGCAAGGCUGUGCAGGUGUCCAAACGCCACAAUGUUGAUGUGCCCCUCCCGGACGUCCUGGUCUGUACCUUCUCUCUCUUCGCCGAUGAGUGGGAGGCCGAAUCGUGGGCCGCAGCUGUGCAAGCUCCAGUGAAGACGGUUGUGCAAGCUUUUGCCCGGGUAGGUCUGGAUAAGAUUCUGAGUGAGCCCUGGAGCCGACAGUUUCGAUUGAAGGGUAAGGCCUCCUCACCCAGCCUGGCUGACCACAUCUCCUUUAAAGCUCGGGUCGAUUCCAAGUCUUGCGAUACUCUGCUAGCCAGCAGUGGACACAAUCACGUUUACAUCGUGCCACGACGUCAGGAUCAAUCCCUGCAGAGUGGCUAUGCCAUCGUGUGGUUGGGCCCCACCAGAGCUGAGGCAAUCAAAGCCUCGCUACAGGUGCCUGGCCAACUGGGUCUGGUGCGAGCCCGUGACAGGUACGGCUUACGCGUGCCAGAGUCAAGACAUGAGGCUAUCUUCAAACAACUUCGGCCAGGACAGGCUGCACCUUCCAAGCUUGAUGUUAAGCACCUCUGGCGCAUGGGCCCAGUGCCAGCCAAUGCGGAUGCUGCAGCCAUACAGGCCUGGGCAAAUGGCAGCAAAUGGACAGUGAAGGUGCUCAAAGCGCUAGGGCCUCAACACUGGCAUCUGGGUUCACAGGUGGAACCGCCGCAGGCUUACCCUGGCUUCAAUGGCCAGACAGUGAUGGUGACCAAGGUGCCGCAACGUGCCGCCCCUACGCCCAUUGUGCAAUCAGGUCAUCUGCAGGGUCGCCAAACCUCGGUCGACACUCACCUUUCGGCUCCGCGAUCGUCCACGGAGGAAGACCCGUGGCUUACCAAUGACCCGUGGGCGAAGGCUGCCUUUGCCUCUACCCGCACCUCCUUUGCAUCUCUCUCCGCUACCAGUACACCAUCCCGCCAGGUUACAGGCCCUACUGAGCAACGAUUUCAGGCACAGGAGGCCCGACUGCAAGCGCUUGAGGAGAAUCUCCAGACCUUGAAAGACCAACACGAGCAGGGCCACGCCCAGCUGCUGCAGCAACAGGCUGUGGAUCGUCAGACAGCCCAAGCCGCCAAUACUGCCCUCCACGAGCAGCUGGCCACAGUGGGCAGUGAGCUCACCAAACAACUCCGGAGCUCCGUUGAAUCUCUGCAAAGUGCUCAAGGCCAGCAGCAGCAACAAAUGCAGUCGAGUCUCGAAGAACUUAAAGCGCUGGUCCUUGCGAGUCGGGAAAACCGUGACCCGAGCAAGCGAGCCAAAAAGCAGAACGAGGAUGAGCUUUGA